AUGAAAAAUUUAUUAUCUGAUUUUAAACUUUUGAAAAUUAACCAUGGUGCUGUUAAAAGGCUUUUCAAAGAAUUAAUAUAUUAUGAAAAGGAAGAAGAAGAAUUAAAAAGUAAAGUAAAUAAACUCAAGGAUGAAAAUAAACACGAAGGUGAGAUAAAAAAAGCAGAAGAAAUUUUACAAGAAACGAUAAGAGUAUUACCACAUAUAAAUACUUCCUUACAUAAAACUUUAAAGAAAUUAUGCAAUAUAAUUUAUGAAAAUUUUGAGGAUAUAUUAGAAAUUAAUGGUAAAAAAAUUGAAUUUUCUAAUAAAUACUCUGAAGAGGAAUUAAAGCAAAAUUUUGCUACAUUAUAUGAAGAAUUCUACCAAGAAAUAAAUGACAUUAAUCAAACAUUAGAAAACGUAUUUCUUCAUAUUAAAGAUGCUGAGAUUCCUACAUGUAAUCGAAUAGAUAAUAAUUCUUUAUUAUUACCAAAAGAAGAAUAUGUAGAUAUAUAA